UCCUCCUCCAUUUCUCCCUCCCCUUCAUUUCUUCUUCUUCUUCUUCUUCUUCUUCCUCCUCCAGAAACCAGAACCGGUUUUUUGCGAUUCUGGUUUUGGAAAUUAAUUAAAAAAUGUCUUUGGGGAAGAGAUCACGUGCUCCGAUGAAACGCACGCCGAGCAUGACGGAGAUCACCUUCGAUCUGGGCAGCUCCGCCACCGACCAAUUACCGCCGCCGUCGCUUGGUUACUCAACAAACACCCAAAAAAUGGUGUCCCCAAGAAAUUACAGACGCCACUCAGUUGAUCUACUACAAGACAACGCUAAUUUCCUCAGAGCUUGUUCUCUUUGCACUCGCCCUCUCGUCCCUGGCCGCGAUAUUUACAUGUACAGGGGAGACAGGGGAUUUUGCAGCGACGAAUGUAGACAAAAGCAAAUGAAACAAGACGAACGAAUCGAGAAGUGUAGUUUAGCAUCAAAGAAAGCAGCAGCAGCAGCGGCGGCGGCGGUGGUGGUGGUUUCUAAAUCGGUGGCCGUUCAGACCCAGAUCUCCGGCAAGGGAGAAACAGUAGCUGCUUCAUAGUGGUGAUUAAUGGGUGUCUCUGUUUCGGGCGUGUUGUAUCUGUUCUAUGUAUGAAGAAAAAUUCGCAGAAACUGAUGGGUUUUUGGAAAUGAUUUAAUUUUGUUACUUGAUUAUUGGGAUUAAUUGGUUUGAGGAAAUUAAGA